AUGGCGGACACCAAGCCCAUCGAAGAGUACGAGAUCGCACAGCUCGAAGAGCACGAAUUCUCCGCCGGCCCCCUCUCCAUCCUCCAGACCGCCGUGCGCUCCCACGUCCAGGUCCUGAUCUCCAUCCGCAACAACCGUAAGCUGCUCGCCCGCGUCAAGGCCUUCGACCGUCACUGCAACAUGGUGCUUGAGAACGUGAAGGAGAUGUGGACGGAGACGCCGCGGCUGGCCGACGGCAAAAAGGGCCGGCCCGUCAACAAGGACCGCUUCAUCAGCAAGAUGUUCCUGAGAGGUGAUAGUGUCAUCCUGGUGCUGCUAAGCUAG